CCGGUGGAGCUGCUGCUGGUGGCCGACGCCUCCAUGGUGCGCAAGUACGGGAAGGGGCUGCAGCACUACCUGCUCACCCUGGCCUCCAUCGCCUCCCGGCUCUACGCGCACGCCAGCCUGGAGAACCACGUGCGGCUGGCCGUGGUCAAGGUGGUGGCGCUGGGCGACAAGGAGAAGGGCCUGGAGGUCAACAGGAACGCCGCCACCACGCUCAAGAACUUCUGCAAGUGGCAGCACCAGCACAACCGCCUGGACGACGACCACGAGGAGCACUACGAUGCCGCCAUCCUCUUCACCCGCGAGGAUUUAUGUGGGCACCAUUCCUGUGACACCCUGGGGAUGGCAGACGUUGGGACCAUCUGCUCCCCCGAGCGCAGCUGCGCGGUGAUCGAGGACGACGGCCUCCACGCCGCUUUCACGGUGGCUCACGAAAUCGGGCACUUGCUUGGGCUUUCCCAUGACGACUCCAAGUUCUGUGAGGAGAACUUUGGCUCCAUGGAAGACAAGCGCCUGAUGUCCUCCAUUCUGACCAGCAUUGAUGCUUCCAAACCCUGGUCCAAGUGCACUUCAGCAACCAUCACAGAAUUCUUUGAUGAUGGCCACGGGAACUGCCUGCUGGACCAGCCCAGGAAGCACAUGGUGGGCCCCGAGGAGCUGCCGGGGCAGACGUACGACGCCAUCCGGCAGUGCAAGCUGGCGUUCGGCGCCGAGUACACCGUGUGCCCCGGCAUGGACGUGUGCUCGCGCCUCUGGUGCGCCGUGGUGCGCCAGGGACAGAUGGUCUGCCUCACCAAGAAGCUGCCAGCCGUGGAGGGAACCCCCUGUGGCAAAGGAAGGAUCUGCCUCCAAGGGAAAUGCGUGGACAAAACCAAGAAGAAAUACUACUCGGCUUCAAGCCAUGGCAACUGGGGAUCCUGGGGACCCUGGGGACAGUGCUCCCGUACCUGUGGGGGUGGAGUUCAGUUUGCCUACCGCCACUGCAACAACCCAGCCCCCAGGAACAACGGGAGGUACUGCACGGGCAAGCGGGCCAUCUACCGCUCCUGCAACGUCACCCCCUGCCCCGCCAACGCUAAAUCCUUUCGACAAGAGCAGUGUGAAGCAAGGAAUGGCUAUCAGUCUGAUGCAAAGGGGGUCAAGACUUUUGUGGAAUGGGUCCCCAAGUAUGCUGGAGUGUUGCCUGGAGACGUCUGCAAGCUCACCUGCCGAGCCAAAGGAACUGGUUAUUAUGUGGUAUUUUCUCAGAAGGUCACUGAUGGCACGGAGUGUCGACCCUACAGCAACUCGGUGUGUGUCCGAGGGAAGUGCAUCCGAACGGGCUGUGAUGGCAUCAUCGGAUCCAAGCUGCAGUACGACAAGUGUGGGGUGUGUGGGGGAGACAACUCCAGCUGCACAAAAGUCAUGGGAACCUUCACCAAAAAGAGCAAGGGCUACACGGACGUGGUGAAGAUCCCGGAAGGGGCGACCCACAUCAAAGUGCGGCAGUUCAAGAGCAAGGACCAGAGCAGGUUCACGGCCUACCUGGCCCUGAAGAAGAAGAACGGGGAGUACCUGGUCAACGGCAAGUACAUGAUCUCCACCUCGGAAACCAUCAUCGACAUCAACGGCACCGUCAUGAACUACAGCGGCUGGAGCCACAGGGACGACUUCCUGCACGCCAUGGGCCACUCGGCCACCAAGGAGGUGCUGAUCGUGCAGAUCCUGGCCACCGACCCCACGCAGCCCGUGGACGUGCGCUACAGCUUCUUCGUGCCCAGGCAGCAGGGGCAGCUGGCCAACGCCGUGCCCGGCGGCAAGGCGGCGGCGCCCGCGCAGCCGCGCUGGGUGACGGGGCCCUGGCUCUCCUGCUCCCGAACGUGCGACACGGGCUGGCACACCAGGACUGUCCAGUGCAAGGAUGGCCACGGGAAACUGGCCAAGGGGUGCCUGCUCUCCCAGAGACCCUCGGCGUUCAAACAGUGCUUGCUGAAAAAGUGCUAACCUGCGGUGGGGACCUUCUCUCCGAGAGCUUUGAGUGAGCCGUUGUUGGCGUGCUGGUGUCAGGUCUGCCCAGACAGAGAGAAGCAAAGGCUUCCAUGUGCUUGCGUUCAGUCUCUAAUUAUGGGCAGAAUCUGCCUAUUUGGACCAAAUGAAGAUGUGCACUGCUUUAAAUAAUAGUAGGGUGGUCUUAAUGUGUCAAAGAAAGUAAGCGUUAAAGUUGUUCUAAGCCCUCUGUGUCUGCAAAAACGUAAAAUAAAAUAAUGCAAAAGAAGAAAAAACUAGUGAAUGGAGGAUCCUGGGAUAUUUGAAGGUUACAGAAUCAUCUCCCCUUUUUCACCUACCUCUACUACAGUAUGUCCUUAGGAAACGUCACAUGUCCCCAUGAUCCCACAGUAGCUUAUUUUAUACUGUUUUGUAAAUAUCUUUCAUUUGGUAUAUCACUUAAUAUCACUUCCUUCUAUUAAAGAAAUCAAAAGACAAACUACAUAAGCAAAAUGAUUGACCAAAGUAUAUCUGCAGCCCUUGUGGACUAAGUCCAUCCUUCAGAAAGGGCCACAGGUGUUUUACUGGAAAAUUAAGAGCUUGCUGCUGGUUUUAAAAAGUGAUACCUUUUGGUUUUGACAAAAGGAAACACGUUUUCGUGGUAGGAAUUUCCUGACAGUAUAUUGUUAAUGUCUGACAAAUCCUGUGUUUCCACCCCAAAAUUCUCAGGAGGAGCCUCACAGCAGCUUGAAGAGCAGGGAACCCCACCUUGCUCCAUCAGCAGGAGCAUCAGCAGCUCCUCCCCGUGUGUGUGUCAGGAUGCACAGAAGGAAGGGGCUGCCAGGAGGAGUUUGUGUACACUGUGCUUGUAAACCUUGGUUCCAGCUGUGUCACAGCCUGGGCUCCUUGUUGUCACUGAACAAGAGCUGCUCCAGCUGCUCCUCUCCACAAAACAAAGGCAUACUGUACUUUGUAGAAAACUAGUUAGAGAACCAAAACUUACAGGUGAGCUAAUCAAGUGUCUUCUGACUCAGAUAUUCUGAGGCUGUGUUCAGCUGCUUUCUCUGGUAUUUUCUCUAUGGCUUCUGCCUUGAAUUUAACAAUGUGUAAUGUACCUACAUCUUUUCAAGAGGCUCUCAAGGUCAUAAAAACACAGCAAGCAGUUAAUAUUUUAUCACUGUUUUGUCCAU